UUCUUCUCCCAUCCAUGCUCCCCUCUUCCCCUACACUACACAUCAACAUCAUCACACUACCGGAUAUCCUACUCGACCAGUACCGAUACCACCUAUCAUCAAUACCUACAUCCCUUCAAACCACACCAACAACAUCACAAUGGAUCAGGCCAAGCAAGCAGUUAAGGGCUUCAUGUCCAAGGCCGGUCACCACGACACCACCGUCCACGAGACCGUCGCCCCGGCCGUCAAGCAUGAGACCGUCACCAAGAAGGAGCAUGAGAACGUGACUACUGCCGUGGACCAGGAGAUCCACCAGGACCACUACCACACCUCCGUCCAGCCCAUCGCCGAUAAGGAGGUCCUUCCCGAGACACACCACCACAACGUCGUUCCCGUCGAGCACCGCUCAUUCGAGCAUGAUAACGCCAAGGAGAACGAGCGUCGUCUGGCAGAGGAGCGUGCUCAGUUCAAGGACACCACCACUCGUGUUGAGGCUGACAAGACCCGCUCCGCUGGCGCCGCCGUCUCUGGCGAGCACAUCCACCACCACGUCCACGAGACCAUCCAGCCUGUUAUGAACAAGCAGACCAUCGAGCCUCACGUUGUGCACACCACCGUCCCAAUUCACGAGGUCCACCACAACGCUGCUCAGCAUCACGCCACCUCCGAGCUCCCACCAGUCUCCAUGUCCGAGUACAAGAAGCAGGGUGGUGUUCUCACCGGUCGUGAGGAGCGCUACGACGGCUUCGAGGGUGAGCCUCGCUCGGUCGGAGGCGCCGCUCUCGGCACACACACCGGAAACCACUCUUCCACCCAUGGCACAUCCGGCGUUGCUGGCACCCACGGCUCAUCCACACACGGCACCAGCCAUGAGAAGCCAUCGCUCAAGGACAAGCUCAACCCAAAGACCGACGCCGACCGCGACGGCAAGGUUGGCAUCAUGGACUAGACGUCUCAUGAUUCUGAUCCGUCCGCUUUGAGUUCCGCAUUGCAGCCACAACCGUUCUUGACUCGCGUUCCGACUUUGGUUUCUUCUCCGCCUUCGACUCCUUCUCCAGCACCUCUUCAGCACCAACCCACUCAGCACUUCGAUCAGCAGCCGCAAACACCGCAGCGGGCGGCAUCUCCUCCACCUGCCCCAGUAGCCCGCGUUCCAACUUCGCCCAGCCCAGGCCCGCUGAUGAAGACUCCCACGCUACCUCUCUCUCAUCACUCUGGUCUGCCGUAUGCCCCGCCAACCCCGGCACCAACCCCGCCAGCUCAAGCCACCCCGCAAUCUCCACCGGCGCCAGCUCCGCAGCCUCAAGCCAUGCCAACCCCACCUUCGCCACCUCCAACUCUGCCGGGCAGCACUCCUGGCCUCGACCUCAUGCGACCAAAAACGUACAUCUCCCAGCACACCUACUCCCGUGCCCACCCAGCUGGCUCGAGACCGACUACACCGAGCCCGUUGAGACAAGGCGAGAGCGCAAGCGGAAACGACAAGCCGCUACCGGAGACGCCGAAGAAUUGAAGAAGAAAGCAAAAGCAAAGACGAUGAACAGGAACGAAUAAUGAGGGUGCUGCUCUCAGGAAGGAUGGGUGGAUGGAUCUUUCGAUGAUUUGUCCAAAAACUAUACCACGAUUUUUUGUAUUAUUACCUAGCGUAGCGUGAUGAUGAUAGCGAAUGCCGACCUAUUAUUACGACGA